AUGUCACAAAUAUCCAAGUUAGAGUCUUCGGAUCCAGAAGUCUGUGAAGGAUGUUCUUCAGAGACUUCUGGACCGAAAGUCUCUGAAGGGUGUAGAUCAAAAACCUUGAGUCAAAUCAUUAUUCAUGAGCUCAAGGUGCAAAUGAAAAUUGGUUUACCAUUGGUGGCUAUGAACUUGUUGUGGUUCGGUAAGCUAACCAUUACAUAUGUGUUUCUUGGACGUCAAGGUACGCUUAACCUAGCCGGGGGUUCAUUAGGCUUUUCCUUUGCAAACGUUACUGGCUUAGCUGUUUUAAACGGAAUCUCAGCAGCAAUGGAACCCAUUUGUGGCCAAGCCUCCGGAGCCAAAAAUUUUAAGCUUCUCCAUAAAACCCUUUUGAUGGCGAUGCUCUUGCUUCUCUUGGUCUCGAUUCCAAUAUCAAUCUUGUGGCUCAAUAUUCACAAGAUCCUUAUUGCCUUUGGUCAAAAUGAAGAGAUUUCAUUCAUUGCCAAGAGAUAUCUCAUCUACCUCCUUCCUGAUUUGCCAGUACUCUCUCUGCUUUGUCCCCUUAAGGCUUACUUAAGCUCACAAGGAGUUACACUCCCCAUCAUGUACACCACAGCAGUAGCCACUUCUCUUCACAUCCCCAUCAACAUAUUCCUCUCUAGAGCAAAUGGAAUCCAAGGAGUUGCAAUGGCGGUUUGGAUAACCGAUCUUAUAGUUGUGAUUCUCUUAACCGGUUAUGUGAUAGCAUGUGAGGGGUUGAAAGAGAGGAAAUGGAAAGAAGGUGGUUGGUUGGAACAAGAUGGUCAAGACUGGCUUAACCUACUCAAGCUUAGUGGACCGUGUUGUCUCACCGUGUGCCUCGAGUGGUGGUGCUAUGAGAUCUUGGUCUUAUUAGCCGGGAGGUUACCAAACCCGGUGGAAGCCGUAUCCACUUUGAUAAUAGUACUCAACUUCGACUACAUGGUCUACGCUGUGCUACUCUCGUUGGGGACAUGCGUGGCUACACGAGUGUCUAAUGAACUCGGCGCAAAUAAUCCCAAAGGAGCUUAUAGAGCUGCUUACACUACACUAGUUGUGGGUGUUGUCUCGGGAUGCAUGGGAGCUUUAGCGAUGAUAUCAUGUAGAGGUGUUUGGGGGUCUUUGUACGCUCACCAUGACCUAAUAAUCAUAAACGGUGUGAAGAAGUUGAUGUUGAUAAUGGCGGUUUUCGAAGUUAUAAACUUCCCGGUAUUGGUUUGUGGAGAGAUUGUUCGUGGAACAGCAAAACCGUCGCUUGGGAUGUAUGCUAAUCUUGGUGGGUUCUAUCUAUUGGCUUUGCCCUUGGGGGCAACUUUGGCGUUUAAAGCUAGACUAGGGCUUGAAGGAUUCUUGAUAGGGUUUUUGGUUGGAGCCUUCGUUUGUUUGUUGAUAUUGCUCAUCUUUAUUGCAAGAAUUGAUUGGGAGAAAGAGGCGGGUAAAGCAAAGAUUCUAACGUGUAACAAAGAGGAAGAAGAGACUCCACAAGAUUCAAGAUAG